UAAUGGUAUUUUACUACAUUUCAAGUGUGGACUGUUAUAUCAGCAGUGGUAAGAGAGCAAAAGGGACUUGUGUCAAUACGUGCUAAUGUUCACUGCGGGCUGUGUCUGAUAUCAACAGGCCCCUCCAGACACGUCCCGCUCACACGGCUCAACCUCGAGCAGCAGCCGGAGGAGCGGAGUUAUUUCUCAGCUGCCAGUCAAACACACGGAGGUUCCAUAGAGAGGAGGAGGAGACGGGGAGGACGCCUCCGUUCAUCCAUCCAUUCAUCAGUCCGGCUCGGUAAUCGUUCCCCGCCGCCACCAGCCCGAGCGGAGGCGCGAGACUACACCUCACCUCGAGCUGCCUGCGGUCUGUGGCGGCCGUUAACGACGGUCUCGCGCGCACACCGGUGAGAGAGGGGGGCAGCUGGGGAGGAAGAAAAAAAAAAGAGCCCGUCUGUCAGUGUUAUUCCCCCCGGUGUGGAUGUACAGAGACGAGAGGGAGAGGGAGAGAAGAGAGGAGAGGACCACCACCACUGCCCGUCGCUAAACUCUCCUUUUCGGGCUGGGACAGGACGUGUUUGUACCGACGGUCCUCCCUGGUUGCUGAUCUGAAGCUCUGGUCCUCAUCUCUGGCCUGAGUGGACAGCCGCCCCCUUUAGUGAGGAGCACCAUGACCCAGGAGGGGCAGGCUCUGCCCUCUCCCACCCCACCAGAGAGCCCAGUGGAGCCUAACACAACCAGCGCCUCCACCACCGACCCGCCCACAGAUACUCACAACCAGGCAGAGCAGGACAAGCCGGGGGCCGGGGCGAAGGACGAGAUAGAGGAGGGGAAACAACAAACGGAGAUCAGAGAGGGCGAGGAGGAGGCACAGGGGGAGAGGCGCGGGGACAUAGAGGGGAGGGUAGAAAUAAAGGAUGAGGGAGGAAAGGGUGAGUCGAAAGAAGAGAAGGUAGGCAGCAGCGGCGAUGAGGAUCAACAGACAGAAGGAGGGGCGGGGGAAGUGAGGGAGGGGACGAGAGAGGAGGGAUGUAGAAAUGUAGAGGUGAGCUCAACGGGGGAGGAGGAAGCACACGCAGCGGAGGAGAUGAAAGAAGAAGAGGAGGGGAAAGAGAAUGAAGAGAUGCAACCGUGUACGGAGGAGGAGGCAACUCAUCGUCAACAAGCUGGGCGACUGGCGAACGGUAUAGGUGGGAAUGAAGACGAUGAUGGGGCUGGUGAGGAAGAUGAAGGAAGGGAUGAGGGGGGGACUCAGACACACUUUGACACUUUCAGCUCUAACUUUGAGACUACUGUAGAGCAGGCCGACACAGAAGUGGAGGAAGAGGAGGAGGAGGAGGAGGAGGAGGAGGAAGUCCAGAAGGAGGGAGAUGGGAAAGAAAACCAGGACAGUUUCAGCUCGGCGUUCGAGCAGAUUGUUGAGCAGGUCGACGCGCAGGAGGACGAAGAUGAUGAAGACGAUAGGGAGCUGGAAGAGGAGAGAGAGAAAAGCAGGGUGGAUAACAAAGAUGGUUUCAGCUCCACGUUCGAGCGCAUCGUUGAGUCCGCUCUACUGAGGGGAGGGACCUGCUACAGCAGCCUGGACUCUCUGGACGUGCUGUCACUCACAGACGAGACGGACAGCUGCGUCAGCUUCGAGGCGCCACUGACGCCGCUCAUCCAACAGAGGGCGCUGUUACAGGGCCCUGAACCUCUGGAGCUGGAGCUGGCAACUGUUGAGGAGCAAGAAGGGGCCGAGGCUGGACCGGACGCCCCAGGCAGUGAUGUGGAGCGUGGAGCCGGAGCUGUGGCUGGAGUAGGAGGAAGCCCCUUGAGGACCACCAUCCCAGGGAGCAGGUCAGAGUUUGUGCUGAGUCAACCUGGACGCUGGGCCAUCCCUAAUGGAUACCAUACAGACUCCCAAGGAGCCAUGGAGGGGUGUGGAGCAUUGCUCAACUCCGUCAGCGAUGCAAACCUCACAGACGCACUGUCUGACUCAGAGGAGUGCGAUUUGGGCAGUCUGGAGCGUUUGGAGCGCGGCAGCACCGACACUUUGGCCAAUGGCUGCCGAGCCGACUGUGAGGCCGCCAAAAGGCUGGCUAAGCGCCUCUAUCACCUCGAGGGAUUCAAGCGCUGUGAUGUGGCCAGACACCUGGGCAAGAAUAAUGAAUUCAGCCAGUUGGUGGCAUCAGAGUACCUGAGUUUCUUUGAUUUCUCCGGCCUGUCGCUGGAUCGAGCCCUGAGAAACUUCUUAAAGGCCUUUCCACUAAUGGGGGAGACUCAAGAGAGAGAAAGGGUCCUUGUGCAUUUUUCAAGACGCUUUUGCCACUGCAACCCACAAACGCCCACCUCUGAAGGUCAGAGCCAUGACGACGAUGAUGAUGAUGAUGCUGAUGCUGAAAAAGAUGAUGGAGCUCACACAUUAACCUGCGCCCUGAUGCUACUCAACACUGAUCUGCACGGACAUAAUAUUGGGAAGAAGAUGUCGUGCCAACAGUUUAUCAGUAAUCUAGACGGCCUCAACAAUGGCAAAGACUUCCCCAAAGAGUUAUUAAAGGUCCUGUAUAACUCAAUCAAGAAUGAGAAGCUCGAGUGGGCAGUUGAGGAGGAGGAGCUGAGGAAGAGUCUCUCAGAGCUGGUGGAGGAGCAGUGUGAGGGCGGGAGUAAACGUGUUGCUAGGGUAACGGACGGCAGUAACCCUUUCAUCGCCAUCCCCAUCCUCCUCAAUGCCGUCACCUACAAACACGGAGUGCUGACCCGCAAGAGCCACGCCGACAUGGACGGCAAACGCACACCGAGGGGCCGCCGUGGUUGGAAGAAGUUCUAUGCGGUUCUGAAGGGGAUGAUCUUGUAUCUCCAGAAGGAUGAGUACAAGCCUGACGCCGACAUUUCAGAGGUGGACCUGAAGAAUGCAGUGCGGAUCCACCACGCUUUAGCCACUCGUGCCACAGACUACAGCAAGAGGGCCAACGUACUGAAGCUCAAAACCUCAGACUGGAGAGUUUUUCUGCUGCAGGCCCCGAGUGAGGAGGAAAUGAUGUCUUGGAUCUUCCGAAUAAAUCUGGUAGCAGCGCUGUUCUCUGCCCCGGCCUUCCCUGCUGCCAUCGGCUCCAUGAAGAAAUUCUGUCGGCCCAUCCUGCCGUCUUCAUCUACCAGACUCAAGCAGGAGGAGCAGCUGCUGAGUCAUGAGAGCAAGCUGAAGCAGAUGAGCCUGGAGCUGGAGGAGCACCGGAAAAACCUACCCUCAUCCGACCCCAAAAGCCGCGACUGGGAGGAGUACCGCCUCAAAGAGCACUACCUCACGUACGAGAAGACUCGUUAUGAGACGUAUAUCAGUCUCCUGCAGGCCAAACUCCGAGCAGAGACGGACGACUUAGAGAAGAUUGAAGCCAGCGUGAUGGGAGGCCUGAUCAUGGAGGGAGGGCUGGCCGGCCGCGAGUGCCUCCUCCGCAAGACACAGUCCUCCCCGUCCAUCAGUCAGGCUCAAAGCGGGUUAAAUGGGAGGGCCGCUGGACAGAGGUGCUGAGUGGGGGAAAGGAGGACGAGAGACCACAGACCACAAAACAACAUCCCUCCGAGCCAAACUAGCGUAAUCCUACAAUGUGUUUUUCAGUUUGUUUUUAGUUUGUUUUUGUGUUUAAGGCUCCUCCUUUCCUCCACUCACAAUAACAGAGUGGGCAGCAACAGGAGAAAUGUGCAUCUCUAUCCUUCCCAGAAUCUAUCAACCCCAGUGAUAAGUUUUUAUCCUAGAGCAAUAGAUGACGAAGAUGAAGAGCUCGCCUUUGAUACCCAGAAACUGACUGACCCUGCCAAAACCUCAGUUCUUUGAACUUUAAUUAUUGCACAUUAAAAAAAAAAAGAUCAUAAAUGUGAUCACUAUUUAUAACAUCAUCAGUAUUAUUUUGCAGAUGUCUUUUAGUUGAACUGUGUUUUUAGUUUUAAGCAGAACUUUGAAUAAUUUAUAAAGUGUUAGUUUUAAAGGCCGGACAGAGAAAGAGAGACCUGACACGAGGGAGCGUGCGACUCCUGAAAGAUCCUCACCAGAUUCUUCACAGCUGUCGUCACUCACGUUCAACAGGUCUGGUUUCCUCUCUUUCCUGUCCUCACCAGGCAGGGAUGGAGAUGGAGAUGGUGGACAUGGUACUACUGUAGCAUUUUGGCCUUUUUUUUCUCUCCCCCCUCCCACUCACCUUUACACACGCAGCCACUCACAGGUGUGUGUAUGGACCUACAGUAAGGGUGGAGUGUGGCGUGUGGAGACAUCAACAUAUCUGUCCCUGAGUUACAGAAAACUCACACAAAUACAAACUCAAAAAGAACUUCUCAGAAGGAUCAAGUCCUUCCCGUGUAUAGCAUAUUUAUUUAUUUAUUUAACUCUCCAAACCUUUAUUCGCAGCAGGAAGGGUUUACACAGAGUGUGCUUGCUCGUUCCCAAUAAUGACCUUCUUGACAUUCACACAUUUACAUACAUUCAAACUUGUACAGGAACCGCACGGUGGAGACAUGGUUUUAACUGUUCACCAGAGGAACUGCAGGUGGAGUGCCUUACUCAAGGGCACCUCGACACGAGCGAGUGUUAGUUGUCACUUGUCAGAUUUUCCCCAACAAGUGAAAGAAAGACUUGAAUCCGAGAGAUCACAAGUCUCUUUCUGUGAUUUUUUUGUUUUGUUUUGAUGCCGCUACCCUAAAUCCUGACAUGUAUUUAAUAAUUCUGUUUGUUUUUAACGACUCAAAGAAGAUAACAGUAUGUGACUGAAUGGAAGCACUGUGCCAUGUUCUGUUUUAUCCGCCCGACUGCUCUUCUUAUGUCAUGACAGAGCGCAUUGAGCUGAUAUAUAACAAUAUACUGUAUGGUUUGGUGUGAGGUUUCUGAAGGCUGAAAUGAAGGGAAGAACAGGAAAGUGUGGGUGGGUGGCAUAAGAAUGGGUCAGAUAGCGUGUGUGUGUGUGUGUGUGUGUGUGUGUGUGUGUGUGUGUGAGUGCGCGUGUGCAUGUGGUGUGUGCAUUGGCAUGCUUUUUUAAAGUGACUCCAGUUAAGAUGUCGAAAGCUGUACGCAACAGGAAGAAGUAAAUAUAGCAGGGUCAUGUUUUGUAUGAAGAUUUUCAAAGUGCUAUCGGGCUUGUUUGACGUUGAGAGACAAUCCAACGGCCUUCUGCUCAAUAAGACUGCCGUCGCAAUCAGGCCUAGGUCUCUCAAAAACAUCUUCUGCACAAAGGCAUCCACCAUCCUUGUGACAAAAGAUGUACGUUUACCUCUUGAAAACAGAAAAUGUAACCAAUCUUUGCUCUGUAACAUGUUACAUGGACCUAUCAUAGCUUGUUGUAUCGGUGUAUCCUACCACUGCCAUCAUUCCUAACAGACGGAGAUGUUUUUGGGAAAGCAGGCCCUGGUUUAUCUUAGACAGAGACUGGCUGAUUUGGUGAGUGUAGCAGCAGGACUGCUCCAGCUUAGCGUGCUAAAGUCAAGAAAACUGUCAGCAGCAUACUGGAAACAGAGAGGGGAACAACAGCAAAACAACUCCACCAGCAGAGUAGCCAUCAAAACAUCCUCCACCGAGGACGAGCGGGAGGAAAGACUGCUUUUCUAAGAAGAGGCUGGUUUGGUCUUCUAAGAAAGAACGUCUCUGCCCACCAAGAACAAGAAAAAAGGACAUCCAGCACACAUUUUCCAAAAACAACAUAUUAAGCCUAUUUCUCUUCAGAGGAUGAUUUGUGUAAUGGGGAUGUUGUGCGAGGGGUAGUGGUACUGCUGUUUGUGAGCACCUUAAUUGAUCCCAACCCACCCAAAUACACACACCUUUCCUCUUUCUAUGUAAUUUGCUUAUGACACAACUGUAGAUCAGUGAGCGUAGUGCCCCCUUACUCAGCCUCAGUGUGGCACAGAAGCAUGUCGACAUUACCAGAGCUGUGAAUAUCUACAGUAUGAACAAUCGUAUUAUCUGUGGCUCUGGACACAACGCUUCUGCUGCUUCAUAUAUAUCGUAUGAAUUGUGACUGACGGGAUCUGAGAUCCUUUCGGGACAUGGCUGGAAACCUGGAAUCACAGCUGGAAUCCUGGACCUGGAUCCUUGUACAGACCAAAAUGAAAUGAAACAGAGCUGAGUUUUCAGAGAGGAAGUACCAUUUUAUAAAGCUGUAUUGUUAGGAUAAAUAACUGCUUUCUUACAGGGAGACUUCCCCCUUAUAGUCACUUUGGCUGUUGUGCUAACCAUUGUUUCCCAAUGUUCUAGGGUAGGCCUGUGCUGUAAUAUAGGAUUGUGACAAAACAUAUUUGUUGAUUGUUAUGUUUUAUUUAAAAAAAAAAAAAAAAAAGAUGACAACUUCGGCACUUUGAUGUCAGCAUUGGAUCUGUCUUUUUGUUUGUUUUGUUUGUAUAUCUGAACUGUUUUUGACAGGAUGCUCAUACUAUGUAAAGGACAUAUUUACUGAAUAUUUAGUCUGUGCUUCAUAAAGUAAGCUUUUAUACA